GAGGUCUGGCGCGGCUCGGCGAACAUGGCGCUGAACAGGAACCACUCGGAAGAGGGCGGCGUCAUCGUCAAUAACAGCGAGAGUGUCUUAAUGACUUACAGUCACAUUGAAAUAACAUUCCAUGAUAUGGAGCAUAUGCCAGAUGCAUUCAAAGGGACCAAGAAAGGGAGUGUCUUCCUGACCCCAUAUCGUGUAAUCUUUGUGUCUAAAGGAAAAGAUCCAAUGCAGUCUUUCAUGAUGCCUUUCUAUUUGAUGAAAGAUUGUGAGAUCAAGCAGCCAGUUUUUGGAGCAAAUUACAUCAAAGGUUCAAUAAAGGCAGAGGCAGGAGGUGGUUGGGAAGGAUCUGUAACAUUCAAAAUAACAUUCUCAGCUGGAGGUGCUAUUGAAUUUGGACAGCGUAUGCUUCAAGUGGCAUCUCAAGCUUCAAGAGGCGAGGUUCCCAACGGAGCUUAUGGUUACUCAUACAUGCCAAAUGGGGGUUAUACCUUUCCACCCCUGGCUGCCAAUGGAAUGUACCCUUCCCCUCCUGCAGGGUAUCCCUACCCACCACCGCCUCCUGCCGAGUUUUAUCCUGGUCCCCCCAUAGAUGGAGCCAUGGGAUACAUGCAGCCUCCUCCACCUCCCUAUCCUGGGCCCAUGGAGCCACCCGCCUCUGGCCCGGACCUUCCCUCCACUCCAGCAGCUGAAGCCAAGGCUGCCGAAGCUGCUGCAAGCGCUUAUUACAACCCAGGCAACCCACACAAUGUCUACAUGCCCAUGGACCAGCCUCCUCCUCCUCCUUACUUUCCACCAGAGGACAAGAAAACUCAGUAAACCAACCACCUUUCACUGAUUCCUUA